UCCACGAAACAAAGUCCCUGCAAGUCGGGCUCUCAGUGGGGACUAGUCGCGGAUUGGGCUCAGUACUAUUUGCGGGGGUUUUAAACUCGAUGAAACCCUAAAUUACUGACAGUCUGUUCCGGGUUUUAUUGUGCUCCUGCCUGGCGGGAGUCGGAAAUUCCUACCCCAUUAUCGCCGGCGUGGGCGAGGACCUACAGCGUUCCAUUCUUAAUGCCCACUGUCCCUCAGACUCCUUGCUACCCUCUCUUGCCACCUUGAUCGUUACCCCCUCCUGGCGGCCCCACAGGGUCGUUGUGUUUGUUCUCUUCUCGCUGAAAUCAGCCUCCACGAUCCCUGCAUGUGUGUCUGCGAGUUCAAUUGUGAGUGGAGCUGCCUAUCGUGGAGCUACAUUGGUUGUUUGGAUCAGAUUUUUUGUAUCUGACAGCUUGUAGCAAAGGGCAACCAUUCAGACUUCGACUCCGAUCUGAAAGAUAGCUGGUCAUCUGCAUUGUCGGGGUUCACUCCUGAACAUCAAAGAUGACUAGUCUUCUGAAGAAGAGUGCCAGCAAGGUUGGCAUCCGUAAUACGGACGAGCCAAGCUCGCCAGAAGAGGAGAGCGCGAAGGUCACCCAGCUUCGAGAAGCUAUUGGACCGUUAACUGGUCGUCUAGAGCAAUUUGCUGACGACAAUUGUCUUAAGCGCUAUUUAAGGGCGCGGAACUGGAACCUCAAGAAGUCUGAGAAGAUGUUGAAGGACUCGCUUGCAUGGAGGGAGAGUUACAAGCCUGAAGAUAUACGCUGGAGUGACAUUGCGAAUGAGUCGGAGACAGGAAAAAUUUACCGUGCUAACAUCAAAGACAAGAAGGGGCACUCUGUUAUUGUGAUGCACCCUGGUCGACAGAGUACAUACAACCCCGAAUUGGAAAUCAAACAGCUGGUUUAUUUCCUGGAGAACGCUAUCUUGAACCUUCCCGAGGGUCAAGAGCAGAUGAUAUGGUUAGUUGAUUUUAAAGGCUGGUCAAUGAAGAAGUCCACUCCCAUCGGCUUGGCUCGUGAAACCACGAACAUUCUGCAAAAUCAGUAUCCUGAACGUUUGCACGUUGCUGUCCUCUACAACCCACCGCGGCUUUUCGAGGCUUUCUGGACGCUUGUGAAGCCAUUCCUUGAUCCUAAGACCUUCCGCAAGGUCAAGUUUGUCUACUCAAAGAAUCCCGAGUCUCAGAAGAUCCUAGCUGAAUAUUUUGAAGAGGAUGCCAUUAAGUCAAUCUUGGAGGAUCAAAAUGAUUAUACCCACGACGAGUACGCGAAGUUGAUGCAGGAUGAUGACCAAAAAUCUGCCUUGUACUGGAAGGGAGCUGGCUUAGCCAAGGCUGAAGCAGAACCCGCUGCUGAGGAUCAAAGUCGUUCUGUAGAACUGCCUGAAGCAGGUGACUUGAAAAGGGAAGACGCUCCUGCCAAAGAGGACGCCCCAGCUCCAGUUUCAGAAUCUUCAGAACCAGUUGGAGACUCAUCAGCUAGAAUUGAAGUAGCAUCAGCUCCCCCAGCACCUGCUCCUGUGGCUGCUCCAGUUGUUGCCCCUGUCUCAUGAGCCAAUUGUGUCUGUUUUGGAAACCAAUUGUGGUGCGUAGUGUUCAAUUUUGCAGAAGAGUUUUUUCUGCUUAGUAAGGCUGGUGAGGGGUGCAUAUCAGUGAUAUUGAGUUUAGUUGGGGUGGAAUAAGUUCCAGAUCAACCUAUAGAAGCUCUAAGUGUGCACGCUAUUUAUUUUUUAGUAUGAGAGCUUUCACUGGAUUUGUCUCUUGUAUCUCAAUAAGUUCAGCGAGCUUAGAGUAAAUGUCAUUGAUUGACUGGAUAGCGCUGAACGAUCUGCUCGUUCUUCUUAGUGGUACCGUAUUUUGUAAAUCAUUCUUGUAGAGCAGUUCCCAAAUCUGACUAGAGCUAGUCGGCGUCAUACGUUUGGAUUAGAAAAAAUCCCUACGUAAUCUGAUUUAUGUUUGUAGUAUUUGAAGCAACAAGCUUCGACCUACAUAGCUCAUCAGUUUACUAAUUGAACUGUUUGUUGUAACAAUCAUUGUGAGCUGAACUGGACCUGCACCUUUCAGUUGCCAAUUUCGAGUAAAUAUAUUAUAGAAGAUGAACACUCUCACUUGGCAAUUUAA